GCCCUAUAAUGCCACAAGGUGGUAUUCAAGCUCUGGAGGCUAUGCUCUAUACCUUGGAUUGGCUCAACGAGCGAGAAAUAGUACCUGGCGUGAAGAUUGGCGCCCAUAUACUGGACGAUUGCGACAAAGAUACUUACGGACUUGAAAUGGCUGUUGAUUUUAUCAAAGGAUCCAUCAGUAAUAUCGAUGGGGCGGAAUAUCACUGCAACAAAACAGCUGUUCGCAAAGUCAUCAGUGGAGUAGUUGGAGCUGCUAGCUCGGUUACGUCGAUCCAGGUGGCGAAUCUUUUGCGUCUCUUCAGGAUACCACAGGUUUCAUUUUUCUCAACAAGUCCAGAGCUCUCCAAUAAACAACGUUUCGAGUACUUUACGAGAACAAUUCCAAGUGACCACUAUCAAGUUAAGGCGAUGGUCGAUAUCGUCAGAAAAAUGGGCUGGAGUUAUAUUUCAAUAAUCUACGAGGAGAGUAACUACGGAAUAAAAGCAUAUGAAGAACUUGAGGAGCUUCUGUCAAAGCAUCAAAUAUGCAUCGCCAUCAAGGAGAAGCUCGUGAAGGAUUCCGGUGUUGCUGACGAAACAGCGUAUGACAGUAUCGUACAGAAGCUACUAACUAAACCCAGAGCUAGAGCCUGGAUUGGGAGUGAUGGUUGGAGUGCAAGAGGAUUAGUCAGCAAUAAUAAUGAGCCCGAAGUCGAGGGAACAUUGUCUGUUCAACCGCAAGCAAAUCCUGUCGAGGGUUUCGAGGACUAUUUUCUCAGCCUGAGCGUGGAAAAUAAUCGAAGGAAUCCCUGGUUUGUGGAAUUUUGGGAGGAUCACUUCAAAUGCCGUUACCCAAACUCAUCCCAGACCCCGUACAAUCAGAGGUACAAGAAAAACUGUACAACCCACGAGCGUCUGACAAAGGAGGAUACAGCCUUUGAGGAUCAACUGCAGUUUGUUUCAGAUGCAGUUAUGGCAUUCGCUUAUGCAUUCCGAGAUAUGCAUGCUGACCUGUGUCACGGGGAGUUUGGCCUUUGCGAUGCUAUGAAACCUACAAAGGGCACGGAGUUGUUGAAGUAUCUCAGAAAAGUUGAAUUUAAAGGUCUGACGGGUGACAAAUUUCAUUUCGAUAAAAACGGAGAUGGCCCUGCCAGGUACAAUAUCAUACAUUUCAAGCAAGUCUCACCAGAAGUGUACAAGUGGAUUCGAGUUGGACAGUAUUUGGAAGGGGAAUUAAGUCUCAAUAUGUCAGAUAUCCAAUUUGGUCUUGGUAACCCUCAACCACCGGAGAGCGUUUGCUCAUUACCCUGCAGAGUAGGACAGGCGAAGAAAUAUGUGGAGGGUGAGAGCUGCUGCUGGCACUGCCUCGAUUGCACGCAGUAUCAGAUCAGACAUGCAGAAGAUCAAACGAGAUGUGUACAGUGCCCCCAGGGGACUGUUCCCGAUGAAACACAUUCGCAUUGCAGAGAUAUUCCCGAGGAAUUUCUCAAACCCGAUAGCGGAUGGGCCAUUGGCGCAAUGUCCUUCUCUGCCAGUGGAAUACUUGUAACGUUAUUCGUCGGCGGUGUCUUCUUCAAGAACAACAACACCCCGAUAGUACGUGCCUCCGGGCGUGAAUUAUCGUACAUUCUUUUGACCGGAAUUCUGCUCUGCUACUUGGUUACAUUCACUCUAGUUCUAAAGCCAACGAACCUCGUAUGCGGUAUCCAGAGGUUCGCUGCGGGGUUUUGUUUCACAGUGGUGUACGCAGCUCUUCUCACGAAAACUAAUAGAAUAGCUCGUAUAUUCAAAGCUAGUAAAAAAAGUGCUAAGAGGCCAUCAUUCAUAUCACCGAGAUCUCAACUCAUCAUCUGCGGGAUGCUCGUUGGAGUUCAGAUCCUUAUCAACGGUGUAUGGAUGGUGAUCGAUCCAGCCAAAGCGAGACAUCAUUAUCCCACUCGAGAAGACAAUCUUCUCGUCUGCAAUAGCUAUAUCGAUGCUAGCUACAUGAUAGCCUUCACCUAUCCGAUCAUAUUGAUCGUUGUCUGCACGGUCUAUGCUGUAUUGACGAGAAAAAUACCUGAGGAUUUCAACGAGAGUAAACACAUCGGUUUCACAAUGUACACGACAUGUGUAAUUUGGUUGGCAUUCGUACCACUUUACUUCGGGACUGGUAAUCACGUCGCCCUGAGAAUUACCUCAAUGUCCGUAACAAUCAGUCUCUCAGCAUCGGUGACUAUAGCAUGCCUAUUCAGUCCCAAGUUAUACAUAAUCCUAAUUCAUCCUGAGAGAAAUAUCAGACGCGGCAUGGGACCCUUCAGGGGUACAACACCAAAACCUAUUAACACCACUGGCAGAAAUAAUACAUCUAGUAUGAUGGCAACUGUUACACUCACUGCUGUUACCUGUGAUCAAAAUAAGGCUGUUAAUAAACUUGUUGUUACUACUAAUGACUGCUCUACACAGAGUGAACAAUUCGAGAUGGAGGUAAUGGAAAAGAAGAAUGGCAAGUCUCCAGGAACGUUGGUGAGCCGUUCAACUCAGACUCUCCUCAACAAUAAUGGUAAGGAGGUAGACAUUGUUAUAUCGCCAGUAAUAAAAGGUCUGAAUAUCGACGAGACUCUCGAUUCAGUAAAAUCAUUGAACAAUGCCAAGAUUGGUAAUGGGCCAUUCAACAAAAACCAAUUCCCUGUAUAGCAGAACAGCAGAAAAGUCGAGACGUUUGUUUUGCAAGCCGAUAUGAAACCUAUUUCCAAACGACCAGUGAUUGUCUGAAAAUAUCUUCUUACUCCCUUCAUUCAUCCAAUUUUCUAUUAUUGGCAUUAUAAUAUAUCAAAACUGGACCAUAAUAAUCAAUAUAAAUCGCAAAAUAUUUUUUUAGUUGAUAUUUCGAUGAAAGAAUAGUCCUAUUCACAUUAAGGAAAAAUCCAGCCGAUUUUCAUAACAAUUGUUUUAAUUGAUUAUUGAAUCUAUUUAGACACUCCUUGCAUAAUUACGAAAUCGGUAAUUAGGGCAACAACAGAAAUUAAUUCUAAAAUUACUGUUUGCAGAUUGAAACUAAGCGAUCAGCGAUAAUAAUAUAUUUUUUUAUAUAAUGGAUAAAGUUAUGUGAAAAAAUACUAUAAUUGUCGAUGUACCAUUUAAAUUCGUGUAUGAGACGCAACUUUAGUUUUCGGUUUUGUUAUUGUCCUAUUUUUGGGGGUUGUCAAAUUUUGCAAACACCGUCUGAAUAAAUUCAUUAAUUGGGAAAAAGUUUGUAUCAAAUUGUCAGUUUUUUUUCAAUAUUCCCCUCGUUACCAGUUCGGCUUGAAGAGAAAUUUAUUUAGCUAACUGAAAUAUAUUGCUAUUGAAAAAAAAAAUCCGCUCUUCAAUUGAAAUUAGUCCUCGGUCGUAAUAAGAGGAGGAUAAACAAAAAAUUAACCGAUAAAGAAAAAUUUUUUUGAAAAAUGGAAAAAAUUUCUAGUGCUCCAUAGAAAAAUAUGAAUAAAGCGAAAUAAAGGAAAUGAAUAAACGGUUCAUUCUGCACUGUGAUGAUAAAAUUAUGUAAUGUAUUACCAUUCAAAUGUGUUGAAAUACGUAAGUGAAUUGACCUAAUUAAGAAUAAACUAGGAAUACAUAUUUAAAAUAACAAAAAAAUAAUGGACGAAAAUUUUCUACAGUGUCUUCGUUAUUGUGAGCUUCAAAACUCAUGGAAAAUUAAAUUUUAAAUAAUUAAAAAUAUGUAAAUUGACUAUUAGACAAUGUAGGCAUAAUAAUGCCAUUAAUUGAUAUGGAGUCAACGAGACGCGAGAUUAUGCCAAAUUUUAUUAGCGAAAUUUCGCGUUAAUUAUCAUUUUGUACAAAACGAUGAUCUCCAAUUGUUCAUCUUCAAAUAGCAGUGAUAAAUAGGGAAAUCAAUUGUAAAUAUUACAUCGAGUAAUUGAUAAAUAAUGACAUCGAUAAUUAAUUAAUGCCUAAUACGACUUGUACAUAUAAUUUAUUUACAAGUAAUAAGACUAGAUAAGGGAAUAUGUGAUGGGUAUAAAUGUAAAAUGUACAUCUACAUUCAAUCGUCAACGAAGUGUCGAAUCAUUAAGCGUUAAUUACCAUUGAAUCUACAAUUCAGAGACGAAUCUACAGUCUCUUGGAAUUGAAUUCAGGAUAAGUUGUUAAUUUUAUUUAGAUUCAUCAGGACGUCCGAUCUAUCUUUAUCCGAAUUAUCACAAUAUCGUCCAAUGCAGAUUUUAUAAUUAUGAACGAAAUCAUCAUCAAUCAUCUGUUUUGUAAUUUCUCAUGUACGAAAUUCAAGGAAUUGUAUUUCUGAUCGAAUUUUGCACAAUUAUGACGAGUGACUACAAUAGUUUGGUGAUUAAUCACUUCUUCUUUCAAAGAGAAAAUGUUUUUUUUUUAUAAAAUGAGAAGAGGGCAUGCGUUAACUAUAAUUUAUUUAUUCCUUUUUCAUGGCAAUAUUUAGGAAAUUUUUUACAAAAAAUAUUCACAAGAUAAUUGACAUGAAUUUUCCUAGAGUGGUCUUUAUUAUUUUUUGCUACAAGUUUUGAGUUAUCCUCGAGAUAAAAUUCAGAGCUAAGCGAAACAUUCUGAGCCCCUUGUUCUCGGUUAGCCAUGAAUUCAGUACAAAACUCGAAGAAUAGAUUUGAAAAUUACGUAACUGAUUGAUUUUUGUGAUGCAAAAAUACGGCUAUGCAAUUGGAACGUUCGAAGUUGUUUGACUGCCCAAAGAUAAUUGUAAAUAUUCAAAAGGUGUUGAAUAGAAACUUUUAAUUGAAUUACGAAGAAUAAUAUAGGCACGUGGAUAUCAGCUUCGUGAGCUUUGAAGUGUAAAAUCAAUGAUUAAAUACUUAUGUAAUUGUUAAGAAAUAUUGAAGCUUGAAAUGAUGAAAGAGAUUAUUAAUUAGAGAAGGUAAUAAAUACGCAAAUUCGAGAUGCAGGGCAAUAUCAACAAACUCACAGACAAAAAAUAAAAAUAUAAUGGUGUUAUUUUAAAUACGUACAGGAUUCAAAGUGUAUCUGGUGAAUAUGAAAGUUAAGAAAUAAAUGUCGAUAAAACUCUUACGUAAAUAAAAAAAUUAUAAUAAA